ACUCAUGUCAGUGUAAGCAGCCAUAACACGAAUGUGUGAUUUCAAUGUUGACAUCGAUUGUUUUAAUCAUAAUAACACAACCUUCUUAUUCCACACAUUAUAAUUCUGUACAAAAUGGACACAGUAGAACCUGAUGCACAUUUAUUGGCUUUAAAAGUUAUGCGGUUAAUGCGACCGACUUUAGUUGAACUUGGGCCAGUUGUAAGUUGUGAACAUAAAGACUUGGUUCAACGCUUUUCUUCUAAACCUUAUGGUGAUGUAUUUUCUGGGAGCAUUUCUGAAACACUGUCGGCAGGUCAAGUGUUGUUGUUACCACAGUCAUUUGGAAACAUAUAUCUUGGUGAAACAUUCUCUAGUUAUAUUUGUGUUCACAACUGUUCUUCCCAAUCUGUUGAAUGUAUUAACGUAAAAACGGACCUGCAGUCAAACACUACACGUAUAAAUUUAUCCUUGCAUGAAAAUAGCAAGUCUCCAAUAACUUUGGCACCUGGGGGCACUAUUGAUGAUGUUAUACGAUAUGAAGUAAAAGAGAUUGGAACACAUAUACUUGUUUGCGAGGUCAAUUAUAUGAGUCCAGCAGGAUACGCUCAAUCCUUAAGAAAGUUUUUCAAGUUUCAAGUCUUAAAACCACUCGACGUAAAAACGAAAUUUUAUAAUGCCGAAAUUGAAGAAAUAUAUUUGGAGGCUCAAAUACAAAAUGUUACCACCAGUCCGUUCUGUCUCGAGAAAGUGGAAUUGGAUAGCUCGGAAGAUUAUAUAGUAACACCAUUAAAUACAUUGCCUAAUGGAGAGUCUGUUUUUAAUACUAAGAACAUGUUGCAACCUAACAACAGUUGUCAGUUUCUUUAUUGCAUAAAACCAAAACCACAUAUAGCUACAGACACACAUGUUCUUCGACAGUUGAGCAAUGUAGGCAAACUUGACAUCGUUUGGCGGUCAAAUCUCGGUGAAAAAGGACGAUUGCAAACCAGUCAAUUGCAGCGUUUGCCCUACGAAUGUAAGGAUCUACGGUUAGAAAUCCUAAAUGCUACAAAUACAGUAAAAAUUGGAACAAUUUUUACCUUUAACUGUCGAGUGACAAAUACAUCCGAGCAGACAAUGAAAUUGCACGUUCGACUAGACACUAAGCUAUCUCCGGAGUGUCAAUACACGGGGUGUGCUGAUUUCAUGCUGGAUAAACUAAACACUGGAGAAAAUGCAGAGUUUCCUCUAUCGGUUUCCCCAUCGAAGUUAGGCCUUAUUAAAAUUUGCAACCUAUUACUGAUUGACACCGAAAAAAAUGAACAUUACACAAUAGAAAAAGUAGUAGAAGUUUUCGUAGUAGAUGCAGAUUACAACAAAGAUCACAAAAUCUUUCAAAAUAGAUUAAUUCGUUAUGAAAAUCCCACGGAUCUUAUAAUACAGUCUCCGGUUCAAUUGCAGGUGGUAUAAAUUGUCAGCGAAGUGUAUAAUAUCACAAGAAUGCCAUUAAUAGUCUCUUUCCAAUACUUACAUCACUGCUUUCACGACUUAAAGCUCUAAAGCUUCUUACACUCGUGCAAUAAAAAUGCAAAAUAAUACACUGUUUAAUAGGGACUAAGGAACUUUGCAUAACAUUAAAAACAGGUUAUUCAUUUUAAGAGGAGGAACGUUGUGACGCGCUCCUAUAGUCGCGCCUUUAAAUAGAGUAGCUAUUUUUCAUUCCUGCAACGCUGUAACUUUUGACUUCUUUCUGACAUAAGUAUAACGUAUGUAGAUUACUAGGGGGCUAGCCCCCACAGUGAAAGGAGUUCAAAAAACAUACAGAUGU